AUGAAAAGCGCUCACUCUUUGGCUGGAGUCCUGCUCCUCAUCAUGAUCCAAAGCAGCUGGCAGAUGCCUGACCAGGACACAGACCAAAACCCCAUUUUAUUGGCGGAAAACUCCAUGAUGGCCGAACCCAUUGAGCUCCCAAACAUGAAGAGACAUUCAGAGGGAACAUUUUCCAACGACUACAGCAAAUAUCUGGAGACGAGAAGAGCACAAGACUUUGUCCAGUGGCUAAAGAACUCAAAAAGGAACGGGAGCCUAUUUAGACGCCAUGCAGAUGGCACCUACACCAGUGACGUGAGCUCCUACCUGCAGGACCUGGCAGCCAAGGAGUUUGUGUCCUGGCUGAAGACUGGCCGAGGCAGAAGAGAGUAA